CUAUGGCUGUGGAACUCUGUUUGCUGCUGCUGCUGUUUUGUGGAAGUACUAUUUCAGAGGUGCAGCCUAUAUACAAACCACCUCCUGGGACUUUGGAUUUUGGAUUUGUGCCAGCCAAGACCUAUGAUACAGGUGCAUACCAUGAACCUGGGCCAAUAGGGAUUCUGUUUAAAAUAGUACAUGCAUUCCUGUACUUGGUGCAGCCAAAUUCUUUUCCUCAAGAUCUCAUCAGAAAACUAGCACAGCAGAAGUUUGGAAAUACACAGGGUGAUUAUCAAAAGCCAGAAAAUGUUGUCCUGACACUUCAGGCCAUCUACUAUGAAAUCGGUUUUAUAGUCUCCGCAGCCUUGGGAUUGCUAUUUAUUUUGUUACUGCCUCUUGUGGGACUUUGCUUCUGUAUGUGUCGUUGCUGUGACAACUGUGGUGGGGAAAUGCAUCAAAGACAGAAGAAAAAUGCUGACUGUCAGAGGAGCUGUUUUGCAACAUUUCUUUUUGUUGCUUCUUUAAUAAUAAGUGUUGGAGUGCUCUGUGCAUAUGCUGCCAACCAGCAUUUAACUAACCAAGUCCGAGGAGCAAAGAAACUGGUUAACAGUAAUUUUAAAGAUCUGAAAAUUUUCCUUAACGACACUCCAGCGCAAAUUGACUACUUGGUGAGCCAGUACAACACAACUAAGGAUAAAGCACUCUCUGACCUAAAUAAUGUUGGACCUUUGCUUGGAAGCAGAGUUCAAGAACAGCUGGGAAAAGAAGUACGUCCCGCGCUUGAUGCGGCUCUGACAAUGGCAGGAGCGAUCAGAGAAACAAAGGAAGCACUGGAAAAUGUGAGCGUCUCUGUAGAGGUUUUGCAGGAGGGAACAGAGAGGCUUCAUGCAAACUUGACAGAUGUUAAAAUGCAUCUAAGCAACACCCUCAAUGAUUCUGCAUGCUCUGCAGCUCAGGCUGCCUCAACUUGCAAUAUCAUCAGGAAUUCAUUAAAUCAAUUGAACAUCAAUGCCAAUUUUAGUGGGUUGCCAGGAGUGAGCUCACAGCUUGCCAAGGUCAACGAUGUCCUUAAAAUAGACCUUUCUAGUCUGGUUCAAAAGGGCUAUGUGGCAUUUAAUGAUACUCCAGACUUAGUGGUAAAUCAAACCAGGAACAUUUUAUCAGGUGAGGACAAACUAUCAUUUCACUUCGAUUGCUUGAUGUUGAUGUUUCUAUAUCACUUACUGAUAUUUUUGUUUUCCUUUAUUGAAUACACAUUUUCUGGGCUAAAGAUCCUUAAAAAUGGAGAU